GGGGUCGCGGGCGCCUGACGGUCGCGGAGCCCUCGCUCGGCGCGGCGCUUGCGGCCAUUUUACGGCCCGGGACGCGGGAGGCGUGUGCGCGUUCGCCUCCUUCUCCGUCCCCGGGGCCAGCGGCGGAGCGGAGCUUCUCGGAGGCCCGGCGCGGGCGGUGGAUGGGGAGUCGUGGGCCGACGGCAGCCGGGCCCGGGAAGCAGCAGCAGCAGCAGCAGCGCCGCCGCCGCCGCCGCCGCCGCUCGCGGUCCCCGGUAGGAGCCUGAGGAGAAGCGGCCCAGGCCGCGGGGCCUCCCCGCCUCCCCGUCCGCCCGACACAGGCCCGGAGCGCGUCGGCCAGCUUUUGUGUGUGGUGUGUGUGUGUGUCGGGGGGACCCGGCCGGCCGGGCGGCCGGCGGGGAGCGUCGCUCGCGGACGACCGAGCCCGAGGCCCGCCAACCUGCGGCUGCUACCCUCCCGCCGCGCGGCCCCUGUUCCCCGCGAGCACCGCGGCGGUGCCGGCCAUGGAGUAAGGAGGAGGCGGCGUGGGAAGAGGAAGAUGGCGGCGGGCAGGAGCGGCGGCAGCGCGGGGAAGGCUAUUUUUCUGGAAGCUUUGGCUAGAUCAGAAUCUAAGAGAGAUGGAGGUUUUAAAAAUAAUUGGAGCUUUGAUCAUGAAGAAGAAAGUGAAGGAGAUGCAGAUAAAGAUGGGGCAAAUCUACUCAGUGUAGAAGAUGAGGAUUCUGAAACCUCAAAAGGAAAAAAGUUAAAUCAGAGAUCUGAAAUUGUGGCUACUAGUUCUGGCGACUUCAUCUUGAAGACUUAUGUAAAACGAAACAAAGCCGACAGCUUUAGAACUUUGAAAGGCAACCCAAUUGGACUUAACAUGUUAAGCAACAAUAAGAAACUGAGUGAAAAUACACAAGCUACAGCAUUAUGUUCUGGAACUGUGGUUCAUGGUAGACGCUUCCAUCAUGCUCAUGCACAGAUACCAGGUGUCAAAACAGCGGCUCAGAGCAAUCAGGACCGAAAAGAAAGGAAAGAAUAUCCACCUCAUGUCCAAAAAGCUGAAAACAACCCUGUAAUGUUAAGUCAUGUCCAAGGUGUAGACCGUAUAAUGAAGAAGCCAGAAGAGUCGGAAUCAUAUGUAGAGCCUGAAAUUAAGAGGAAAGUACAACAGAAACGGCACUGUAGUACUUACCAGCUGUCUCCACUGUCCCCUGUCUCAAAGAAGUGUUUGACUCAUCUAGAGGUAUCUGAACAGCGUGAACGUUGCCCAAAAUGUGGAAAAGAAAAAGAAAAUCAGACCAAAUGCCAAAGUUGUGGUAUGGUUUUUCAUAAUGAUUUGCAAAGAAAUUGCAGACAAGCUGUAACUUUGAAUGAACCAACUGGACCAUUAUUAAGAACGUCAAUUCAUCAUAGUUCUGGAGGACAGAAGUCACAAACGACAGGAUUAACAGCUAAGAAGUUUUAUGGUAACAGUGUGGAAAAGAUUCCAGUUGAUAUUUUGGUGACUUGUGAUGCUAGUAGACAUAACUACAUACAGACUAAUGGAAAAGUCAUUUUACCUGGGGGGAAAAUACCUAAAAUCACAAACCUGAAAGAGCGAAAGACAAGCCUGUCAGAUCUAAAUGAUCCAAUCAUUUUGUCCAGUGAUGACGACGAUGACGACAGGACUCACAGAAGAGAGAGCAUAUCCCCACAGCCUGCUGACUCGGCAUGCUCUUCCCCAGCACCAUCUACUGGAAAAGUAGAAGCUGCACUAAAUGCAAAUAUUUGCAGAGCAGAGCAGGAAUCUAGAAGCAAUCCAGCAGAAUCGGAGUUAAAUACAGUUGUCAUAUCAAGAAAAGCGAGAAUGAAGGACCAGCUGGGCAAUCCCAUCAGCACACCUCUAAAGCGUCGUAAAAUAAACACUCACGGAACUUUAAUUCACACUCUGUCACUGCCACACUGCCAAAACUUUGAGAGUGUCAUUUUAAACUGUCGGAGUAUACGAGUUGGAACACAAUUCCGACUGUUGGUAGAGCCUGUAAUUUUUUCUUUAGAGUCAAUCAAGAUACAUCUAGAUGGACCAGAAAGUGAUCCUGUAGAGAUUAUUUUAAAUACCUCUGAUCUAACUAAAUGUGAAUGGUGUAAUGUCCGGAAAUUACCAGUAGUGUUUCUGCAAGCCAUACCAGCAGUUUAUCAAAAGCUGAGCAUGCAGCUGCAGUUGAAUAAAGAAGAUAAAAUUUGGAAUAAUUGUAAAGGAGUGAACAGGUUAACAAGUUUAGAAGAACAAUACAUUAUUUUAAUUUUUCAGACUGGCCUUGAUCCUCAGGCAAAUGUGGUCUUUGAAAGUAUCAUUACUGACAUUGGUAUAAAGAAUAAUGUUUCCAACUUUUUUGCGAAAAUUCCUUUUGAAGAAGCCAAUAGCAGACUUGUUGCCUGUACAAGAAGCUAUGAAGAGAGCAUCAAAGGAAAUUGUGUGCAAAAAGAGAACAAAGUGAAAACUAUGCCCUUUGAAUCUAAAAUACAACUUAGAAGCAAACAAGAAUUGCAGUUUUUUGAUGAGGAGGAAGAAGCUGGAGAGAGCCACACCAUCUUCAUUGGCCCUGUAGAAAAAUUGAUAGUAUAUCCACCACCUCCAGCUAAGGGAGGCAUCUCUGUUACUAACGAGGACCUGCACUGUCUAACUGAAGGAGAGUUUUUAAAUGAUGUUAUUAUCGACUUUUAUUUGAAAUACUUGGUGCUUGAAAAACUGAGGAAAGAAGAUGCUGACCGAAUUCAUAUAUUCAGUUCUUUUUUCUAUAAACGCCUUAAUCAGAGAGAGAGGAGAAAUGCUGAGACAACUAACCUAUCAAUACAACAAAAAAGACAUGGGAGAGUGAAAACUUGGACCCGGCAUGUAGAUAUUUUUGAGAAGGAUUUUAUUUUUGUACCCCUUAAUGAAGCUGCACACUGGUUUUUGGCUGUUGUUUGUUUCCCUGGUUUGGACAAACCAAAAUAUGAACCUAACCCUCAUUACCAUGAAAAUGCAGUCAUGCAAAAAAGUUCAGCUGCAGAGGACAGUUGUGUUUCUUCUGCCCGUGAAAUGGACAGUUGUUCACAGAACUCUUCUGCCAAGCCUGUGAUUAAGAAGAUGCUAAACAAAAAGCAUUGCUUAACUGUAACUGAGUCCAGUGCUGGACAGGAAGAAAGUGAGCCUUGUUAUCGGAGAAACACAUACAGUGUGAAAUGUAGUGUGAAAAAAAAAAAUCAUGCUAUAAGUGAAAACGAAGAAUCAAAUAAUGGAGAAUCUGCAUGCCAGGAAGUUACUGAUAGAACUAAAAGUGAGAAUGGCCUACAGGAUGAGUGUUUAAAUUCUGUACGUCAUCCAGAUGCCUUAAGCAAAAUCAGACUAAACUACGGUGAUCAGUCAGCUGAAGGUGGUAAAAUGCUUGAAGAUGAACUCAUUGACUUCUCAGAAGAUCAGGAUGACCCGGAUGAUAGCAGCGAUGAUGGCCUCCUUGCUGAUGAAAACUACAAUUCAGAAAUAGGACAGUGGCACCUAAAACCCACUAUCUGUAAACAACCUUGUAUCCUACUUAUGGACUCACUCAGAGGCCCAUCUAGGUCAAAUGUUGUCAAAAUUCUAAGAGAGUAUUUAGAAGUGGAAUGGGAGGUUAAAAAAGGAAGCAAACGAAGUUUUUCCAAAGAUGUUAUGAGAGGUUCCAACCCAAAAGUUCCACAGCAGAACAACUUCAGCGACUGUGGCGUGUACAUACUGCAGUAUGUAGAGAGCUUUUUUGAGAAUCCAAUACUAAAUUUUGAGCUACCUAUGAAUUUGGUGAACUGGUUUCCUCCUCCUAGAAUGAAAACAAAAAGAGAAGAAAUCCGAAACAUAAUUCUGAAGCUUCAGGAAGAGCAGAGUAAAGAGAAGCUGCUGAAGGCCCCUUCCUCAGCAGAGACAGCCUUCGGGGAGGGAGCCGAGCAGUAUUCCAGCAGUGUCUCAGAGUGACCAGGAGCUUCAGAGCUCACGUGGCGUGCAACUUUGGUUACAGACAGUAAAGAGCCGAUGUGCUCACUACUCAGAGGUUUGGGGAUGUUAAUGCUGUAAAAAUGUCACAUAAAUAAUUUCCAAAGGAGUAUGUAUUAAGUAAAAGUCUGUAAAUAUGUUAAUGAGGCCAAUUUUUCCAACAUUUAUAAUUAUUUUUUCCACUUUUAGGAAACCUUUGUUAUGUAUUUUCUGUUAAUAGUACUAAAACUGCAACUUCUAAACACAAAUAAAGUAUUUAUAGGAGGAAA